AUGUGUAGAGAUGCGAAAAUUGAAAAGUUGCAGAAUGAUAUUGAAAGGUUGGUUUUUUCGAAAUUUUUCAGAAAUAAAAAAUGAUUUUUUUUUCAGAUAUCGCGAAUUAAUCGAAAAACAGAAUCAAGAAAUUCAAAGACUCAACAAAUUGUUGAAAGAAUCUGGAAAAAUUCAAAUCAAACAUCCAGAAGUUCGCGAAAUUCACGAAAAAUAUAGAGAAAUUUUGAAAGACACUGAUACUAUGAAGCUUUACUCAUUGAUUGCCGAUUUAGACAGGUAGUAUAAUUUUUCAAGUAAAAUAUGUGAUUUAUUUAUUUUCAGAUACCUCGAAAAAUUUCCAAAUUCCAUCGAAAAGUUAUCAAAAAAAGUGGAAGCUUUGAAAAUCAAAGAGGAGAUCGACGAGUAUUUUGGAAAAGUUAGCAGAGAUUUUUGGAAAAUCGAAAAAGAUCCGAAUAUUUCGAUGGAUGAUUUGGAUGUGGAAUUGAGCACACAGAAUUUGUUCACCAAAGAGUUUUUCAAAAGACUUUCGCUCGUGCUUUAUGGUCAAGAGGAACCACCUUGUGUUAUUUUGUAA